CAGAUUUCAUCUCAUAAUCACAGUCGUCAACUGUUCAAUAUUGUGAACACAUCAAUCAAACAAACAAGAUGGUUCAAAAGCUUUUAAUCUUUUCUGGUCUUAUCAUUUCUGCAACAUGCACCUUCCUCCACACUGCACCAAUUAUACUGGAACCAUUCCGUGAGCCGCCAGUAUCCUACGACUUUUCAUACCACGUCAAUGAUGCUCGCACUGGCGACUUCAAAGCCCAAUCAGAAGCUAGACGCGGCGACACUGUUCUCGGACAAUACUCGUUGAUCCAACCUGAUGGCGUCAGGAGGGUUGUGGACUAUCAGGCCAACGACUUAACUGGUUUCCUUGCGACUGUCAGUAACCAGCCUUUGAUCAACCCAAUCCAAAUCAACAAAGCACCUCAAGCACCUCAAACUCAAGAAAUUCAAGACAACCAAAUUAGCCAAGACAGCCAGCGUCAACAGCAACAAGAUCUCCAACAGCAACAACAGCAACAGCUCCAGCAACAGGAACAACAGCAACUUCAGCAACAGUACCACCAGCAGCAGCACCAGCAGCUCCAACAGCAACAGCUCCAGCAGCAACAACAGCAGCAACAGCACCAGCAACAACAGCAACAGCAGCUUCAACAGCAACAGCAGCAGGUUCAACAGCAGCAGCAGCAGCAGCUUCACCAACAGCAGUACCAAGAGGAGGCAUCCCGCCCAACAACAGCGAAUGCUGGUGUUAGCAUUGAAAACCAGUGCCCUAACUGCGCUAGUUCCACACCUCCCACCAUUUCUCUAUCAACAGUUCUCCACCCAUACCAAAACAACCUUUGGUUGUAAAUUAAAAAAAAAAAUUUAGACAGACCUCGCAAAAGUGUUCCUUUGACUGUUUAUUUAAAUAUACUAUGGCACUCGUAAU